UAAUACUGUGUGUCUUCCAGGUGGGAGGUGAAGCUGCCGUGGGCCAUGCGCUUCUAGGGAGGUCUCACCCUGUGCCAAAAUGAGGCCGCUGCCCGGCUCGCCUCCGCCCGCCCUGCCUGCCCUCCUGGCUCUCGCCUUCGCCGCCGUCCUCCCUCGGCUUUGCUCAGGGGCCACGCCGUUCCCCCAGGACCUGGAACCAAUCAGCAUCGUGGGCAGAGAAUCGUCCUACCUCUACCCCAGCUUCCAGGGACUCAUGUCGGACAAUGACACGCUCCGCCUGGGCCUGGACUUCCAGAGGAUGCUGAGGAUCAACCACAUGCUCUACAUCGCUGCCCGGGACCAUGUGUUUGCCAUCAAUCUCGCCGCCUCGUCUGAGCAGAUAAUCCUGCAGCAGAAACUGACUUGGAAGACGAAGGACGUGGAAAAGUGCACAGUGAGAGGGAAGAACAGCGAUGAAUGUUACAACUACAUCAAAGUGCUGGUGCCACGAAACGACGAGACGCUCUUCGCCUGCGGCACCAACGCCUUCAACCCCACGUGUCGUAACUACAAGAUGUCCACGCUGGAGCAGGAGGGGGAGGAGGUGGUGGGUCAGGCCCGGUGCCCCUUUGAGUCGCGCCAGUCCAACGUCGGCCUGUUUGCAGGUGGUGACUUCUACUCGGCCACCAUGACGGACUUCUUGGCCAGCGACGCCGUCAUCUACAGGAGCCUGGGGGAGAGCAGCCCCGUCCUGCGCACGGUCAAGUACGACUCCAAGUGGCUGCGAGAGCCGCAUUUCCUGCACGCCAUCGAGUACGGGAACUACGUGUACUUCUUCUUCAGUGAGAUCGCUGUGGAGUACACCACUCUUGGGAAGGUGGUUUUCUCCAGAGUGGCACGCGUGUGUAAGAACGACAACGGCGGUUCCCCGAGGGUUCUGGAGCGGUACUGGACGUCGUUUCUGAAAGCCCGUCUCAACUGUUCGGUUCCGGGCGACUCCUUCUUCUACUUCGACGUCCUGCAGUCGCUGACCAACGUGCUGCAGAUCAACCACCGGCCCGCUGUGCUCGGCGUCUUCACCACGCAGGCCAACAGCAUCACCGGCUCGGCGGUCUGCGCGUUCUACAUGGACGACAUCGAGAAGGCUUUCAGUGGCAAAUUCAAGGAGCAGAGGAACAGUGAGUCAGCGUGGACACCUGUUCCAGAGGAGCAAGUCCCUAAGCCCAGACCCGGGUCCUGCGCCGGAGAAGCUUCAGCGGCCGCUUACAAGUCGUCGACCUCGUUCCCCGACGAGACCCUGACCUUCAUCAAGUCCUACCCCCUGAUGGACGAGUCGGUGCCCUCGGUCAAUGACAGACCCUACUUCACCCGCACCACCAGCAGGUUCAAGCUGACCCAGAUCGCCGUGGACACGUCGGCCGGGCCCUACAAGAACUACACGGUGGUGUUCCUGGGUUCUGAUAACGGCCACGUGCUGAAAGUCCUGGCCAGCACCGAGGCAGCCAACGCCUCCUUCGGGACCCAGCUGCUGGAGGACAUCGACGUGUACAACCCCAACAAGUGCAACGUGAGGGGGGAGGACCGCAGGGUUCUGGGUCUGGAGCUGGACCGGGACCGGCACGCCCUGUUCGUGGCGUUCUCCAGCUGCGUGAUCCGCGUGGCGCUCAGCCGCUGCGCCGACUACAGCACCUGCAAAAAGAGCUGUCUGUCGUCACGAGACCCCUACUGCAUCUGGCUCAAGUCCGGCAGCUGUGCCGCCGCCUCGCCUGGUCUCAAAGGUGGUUUUGAACAGGACGUGGUGAGCGGCUACCUGCAGCACCCCGACACCUGCCACGAUGUCCUGGCGACCACUCGCAAGCAAAACACAGCCCUGGACUCGGCGUAUGGGAAGACCACACCCACAAGCGCCAGCACCACCCAUCAUGGGGCGGCAUUCCCAAAGGAGGCAGGUGACCCUGAAAGAGGUACAGGUCCUGAUGGCCCUCCCCCAGUGGGGGAGCAAGGGUCACCUGACUUGGAGCCAAUCAGUGUGGAGAUGGAGGGUGUGAGACGGCCACCUGAGCUGGAGAAGGCAAACCACAGUGUCCACUAUACGCUACUGAUCGCAUGCGUUUUGGUGGCUUUCGUCCUUGGCGCCUUCCUCUCCGGUUUCCUGGUCUCCUGCUACUGCAACCACACAAGCCACAAAACCAAGAAACUGUCUAAAGAUCCUGAGGCACCGAUUCCACACGCCUUGUCCCUUCGCAGCCUGGCCAAGCUCAAUGGCCUCCUGGAAAGCCAAAGUAAGGAUGACAAGCUGGAGGUGUCGUCUCCGAAGAUCUACAAUUCUUUCUUUGCCAAUAGCAAGGAGCACCAGCCACCAAGGCGGAACGGUCAUCACGCGAUGACGAUGGGAGACCUGGUUCACCCCCACCACCACCUCCACCAUUCCUCUGAACUCUCUGGUCUUCCCACGCCAGACUCGACUCCAGAACUGCCCAUCAAGAGCAUGAAAGCCUUCAAGAACCGGUGGGAGAAGAACCAGAAUUGUAAUAAUGCCAAGGAACCAAAGUCCCACAACAUCGGCUCUAGGCCUAGCUCGGCCCUGCUUCACCAGCAGGUGUACCCUUACUCCCACAGUCUGUCCAACGGGCAGCCCGUUGGUGGAGGUCCCCUCCAUCCAGAGGAGCGCAAAAUCCACAAUGUGGAACGAGUUUUGUCUCAACAGCCUUACGCUGGUUACUCUCAGAAAGUGAUGGAGGUAACGUCACUGGAUGAGCUGCUGAAACACAUUCAUGACCCAAAUGGAAGCAAAACCUCCCAGUUAAUGAGUCCAUCCAGUCUGAUGGCCAGUGGUGGCGUUGGGCAGCUAACCUUUGCUAACCGCAUCCAGCCACAGAUCCCCGAGACCGAAUCCGCUCCCUACUACAGCUCAUCCACUUUGCCUCGAGAUAGCCUCACCCGCCGCAUGGACGUUCCUCCAGACAUACCCCCACAGCACCAGUCCACUUUAGAGAGGAGGCAGUCCUCCCAGAGGCACUCGCUGAUGGCUGCAGCCUCCAAGAUGCCCGGCGGAAGUGGAGUUAGUGGAGGAGGAGCAAUGAUCCCCCGGCAGCACAGCUUCAGCCAACGAAAUGGCGGCUCCCACCAGCCGCCUCCCCUCCUGGCACGAAUGAACUCAACAGGCAGCGCCUGCGAGGUCCACUACCCGCUCAUCCCCAACGGAUACCUAACCCGCCAGCACAGCUACAACGGAGAGCAGGAGCUCCCCCACAGGGGUGCCAUCGUCCGCCGGGCCUCCUCUCUCAAACCCGAUGUCCCCCCCAAGCCCUUGUUCAUACCUGCCACAUCCCCCGUCAGCCAACAGGGGAAGUUCAACUACUGAGGGGGUGAAAUCCUGGACUAGAGAGGGCGCCUCCCUCGUUGUGUCGUCUUAUAGGAACUCCCAUCUAAGGAAAUGUACGACCUGAAAAAACACAAGCAGUCACGUGACAGCCAGUGCCACUGUGGACGAAAGCCUCAACCAAACUUUUCUGUCCCCCUUCUAUUUGUCCAACGAAUAUCUUUGUACCAUAUUGGUAUUGCUCAGCUACUUGCUUAUUAUAGAACCGCAGACUUGGGUGACGUGACGCCACCUACUUCUACUAGGCUGCCAGUGUCCUCAGUGUGGAUUUACAAUGCAACAUGAAAGCAUUGAUGACGGCAAAACCUUUCCACUUCCCUCCUUGAAGACUGAGAAGCAGGAGGCUCAUGCGACGCUUGGUUUCAUGCUUUUGCUUAACCUUUUUUGAUGUAGUGUUGGUAUCCAGUCCCCACCCGCCCCUCCCUCGAAUGUGUUUAUAUUAUGCAUGUGUGUGUAUAUAUGUGUGUGUUUAUAUCCACACCGUAUAUGUAUACAUAUACAUAUGCAGUAUACGUAACCUGUGGUGAAAAGUCAGCAACUUCCCCAGAAAGUAGUUCUGUCUUUGCCUUACUAUACUCGUUCAUGUUUGGGCAUAACAAACGAUCCCCUGAUGUAAUGAGGAUGCACCUCAUCAACACCACUCACUGUCAGCUGGCUAAAAACACAAAACCAGAUCAGUUCAUGUUCGUGACACCAGGAAGACAGUACUUCAACAAAGCAGCUAUCGUCUCUUCUCCCUUAUCUUUUCUAUCCCAGCUGAUGUCAGGUAGAAACUACAAAACCGGCUCCAUUCAAGCUCUGUGAGAAUGUUUCUAUAAGAUUGGUGCUCCACACGUCUAGUGGGUCUAACUUUCUCUGAAGCAGAAUCAAUACUGUAUGUUGUGACAUAUUUGGACCCAAAGAGAGCAAGAUGAACACAACAGGCCAUCGGGCUCAGUGAGAACAAAAUGAAACAUUAAGGACUGCAGUUAUAAUAAUAAUUAACUCUGUGGCUAUUGGUUGUAAAUAAAGGAAUAAUUACUAGCCAAAUUUUAACUGUAUGUGUAAAUGUGUGCCUUAUUUAAUAAUAGUGUGUGACAUGGGGGUAGGGGUCAAUGCAAGGGGCUCCAAUGGCUACUAUGCUACAGUAUAUUGUAGGUGUUUUCUUUUCUAUGGUCGUCCGUAUGUGUCACAGUAUCUAUUGUACAUUUGAAGAGUUUCAUUCCACAUUAAGAAUUUUGUCACCUUUUCCGAAAAUACGGUAACUUCAAGUAUGAUUGUAACAGUUGUUAUUGAUUUUUUAUUUUUUUUCGUGAUGCAGUUUUUGGAAUGAAACCCUUCAUUUCUUUGUUUUUUUUCUAUCCCACAUGUGUGAACCUGCAGUUUUGAGCAACGUGCGUAUUCACAGCUGGAGACUGCAAAGAUUCAGGUUCGCCUUCUUUCAUCAUGCUGUCACUUUCCACUGAGUGUCAUUUUUUUCAAUUGGUGCCAUUAAUAUAAAUAUAAAUAUGCGUUUGUCGUUUUCACAUCCCCUUGUUUUCUGAAGCAGCAGGUCACAGUUCCUCUUAUAACCAGCAGAUGUGCAACCAUUGUAGGAGUCACUUUUAUUUCAUAAACACAACCAAUAUUUGGCAUUUAAACAAACCUUUGAAAGUCUGUCAGUAGUUUAAAUAAGAGUUUAAAUAAGAACAGGAUUCCACACAUUAUUUGGUAGAGCACAUUUGUUAGACCACAUGUGGUUUGCUUCUCCUGCAGUGGCUGCUGCUGUGGUUUGACUGAUGUCAGGGUGUCAACUCCAACAAUACAGCAAAUAAAUUCUUUUAAUGAAAUCUGUUUAGACCUGGAAAAGUGCAAUGAACUUCACUGUGGUUGAGCUGAGAUUGUCUCCUGGACGGUGAAACGCGUGUGCUGAGGAUUUCCCUUGGGUCCGGCCAUAGCAGUCUGCUCCGGCUCACAUUCAUCACGGCUUCAAGAUGUUGCACUUUCCAGCAGAGUCGCUUUGGCCACAGUUGGCUGGAACUGUAAUCAAUUCUGCGAAAACAGCUCUGCGCUAUUUAUUGUAUCCGAAAGUGGUGUUUAUUGAUUGAAAUUCCCAGAGCGCAUUUGACCCGAUGUAAAGUUUAGCGUUCGCUCUCGAACUCCAGUAAAUUAAAGAGAAUGUGACCAAUCAACCAGCGUUUACUGGAAGAAAAUGAUUUGGAUCUGGACAUUAACAGGUAGUGGAGGAUUAAAUAGCCUCUCAAACAGCAAAUCUGAAGCGUCCGGCUUGAUUUGGGCUCAUAACCAGGAUGUUUAUAAGAGGAAUUGUGGCAGCUACAGUGCUUGUCCUUUUUAAAUCUGCCGGUGACAGGUUGUAUGAGAGGAGCCGUGUUGCGUCUAACAGCUCCAUCAGUGUUUGAUUUGAUGUAAAUACAUUCUAUCUGGGCAGGGUCUCAUUGAUUCAGUAUUAUGCUUCUUUUCCUGUUUGAUUUCCAGGCUUCGCCUCUUGAAUUACUAUAAAUUUGGUCUCACAGAAAACCAUUGUAUGUCUCUUAUACUAGGAAUAAAAUGAAAAUAUGUUGCAA